CCAUCACUACUCCUUUUCCCUCUUGGCAAGAUGGCGUCCGCUUCCUUGCUCUCUCUAGCGCUCUGCUCCCUCCUCCUCCUCCAAGCCUGCUCGGCCCAACUCGAGACCUCCCAAAUCUGGGGGUCCAGGGCCCGGCACAGCAUCCGCAAGUCUCAGCAGCAGAACGAGUGCCAAUUCCGCCGCAUCAACGCCCAGGAGCCCGACCGCAGGAUCACUUCCGAGGCCGGCACCACCGAGAUCUGGGACGAGAACGACGAUCAGUUCCGAUGCGCUGGUGUCGCCGCUAUCCGCCACACCAUCGAGCAGAGGGGUCUCCUCUUGCCCGCUUACUCCAAUGCCCCCAAGCUCAUCUACGUUGACCAAGGCAAACCCAAUUUCCCCCUCUUCCUCUGGCGAGGGUAUCACAGUGCGGCGAUUCCAGGUUGCCCCGAAACUUACCAAUCCGAGCAGGAGUCCCAAUCCCAGGACCCGAGACAAGGAUCCAGGGACCAACAUCAGAAGAUCCGAAAGAUCCGACAGGGCGAUAUCAUCGCCAUCCCGGCCGGAGUCGCCGACUGGUUCUACAACGAUGCUCAAUCUCCUCUCGUCCUUGUUCAGAUCAUGGACACCAGCAACUUCCAAAACCAGCUCGACCAGAACUUCAGGAAAUUCUUCCUGGCAGGGAACCCGCAGAGAGAGAUCCAAGGGCAGAGGGGACAGCCGGCAAGCCACCUGUACCAGGGAAGCGAGAGGCGAAGAGGCGGCGGUGGAAGCGGCAGCCAGGAACAGCGCUCCGGCAACAUCUUCCAGGCCUUCGACGAGCAGUUCCUCGCCGAGGCAUUCAACAUCGAUACCGACCUGGCGAGGAGGAUCAAGAACGAGAACGACAACAGGGGUAUCAUCGUCAGGGUCGAGGAACAGCUCCAGUUCCUGAGCGCCGAAUUCAGCGAGGAAGAGAGGGAAUCCUCUUCCCGCGGAGGAAGAAGCGGCCGCUGGUCCGCCAACGGCAUUGAGGAAACCUUCUGCACCGCCAGGUUGAAGCACAACAUCAACGACCCGUCACGCGCCGACAUAUACAACCCACGCGCCGGCCGCCUCACCACCAUCAACAGCUACAACCUCCCCAUCCUACAACACAUCCAGCUCAGCGCCCAAAAGGGAUUCCUCUACAGGAACGCGAUCAUGACGCCGCACUGGAACAUGAACGCACACAGCAUCAACUACAUAACCAGGGGAAGCGGGCAGAUCCAGAUCGUGAACGAGAACGGGGAGAGCGUGUUCGACGGGCAGGUGCAGGAAGGGCAGAUCAUCACUGCGCCGCAGAACUUCGCGGUGAUCAAGAGGGCCGGCAGCGAUGGGCUUGAGUGGAUUUCCUUCAAGACCAACGACAAGGCCAAGAUCAACCAGAUUGCUGGCCGGGCGUCGGCGAUCAGGGCGAUUCCCCGGGACGUGAUCGCCAACGCCUUCGCGAUUUCCAGGGAGGAGGCGCAGAGGAUCAAGUUCAACAGGCAGGAGAUUGGGAUCUUCAGCCCUGGGACUAGGUCUCGUGGAAGGAGGGACUGA